GCUUCAUUGCCCAUUGCCCUUCACCACCCACCUCUUCCUCUUCUUUUGUUUUUUGUUUCCCCCUUUCUUGUGUGUAUUUGAAUUUCAAGAAUGAAACCAAAGAACCUUCCUGCUUUGAAUCUACUCUCUCAACAACUUUCUUACCGUAAUUCUCACCUCACCAUGGAAGAAAUUCCAACCUUUCUAAACUCCAGUGUGAUGAAGAAGGUUCCUGUGACGAAUAACGAGAAUAAAGGUUCACAGUUGACAAUCUUCUAUGGCGGUGAAGUUAUAGUGUUCGAUGAUAUUGAAGCGGAGAAAGUGAAAGAGAUGAUGUGUCUUGCAAGCAAAGGUUCAUCAUCAACGAUCUCGCAAUCAAACCAUCACAAAAACAAUAUCAAUAAUAAUAAUAAUUACGGUUACAGAGUGGCUCGGCGAUGUUCAUUUCCUUCGCUACCUAAUGAUGUGGUUCGGAAUACAAGUUCUUGUGUUGCUCCUCCAACUUCUCCUUUUCCUUUUAUGAUUCCUGCUACCAUUCCCAACAAUUCGGUUAAGGAUCAGCAUCCUCAACCACCUUCCAGAUCCGUUGUUUCUGAUCUACCACUUGCUAGGAAAGCUUCACUACACCGAUUCUUGGAGAAGAGAAAGGAUAGAAUUGCUGCGAGAUCACCGUAUCAAACAAGCAGCCCCAUGUCAUGGCUUUCCAUGGUAGUUAGAUCACCACAGGAGAAUUCUGAGACUAGCUCCAGUGUAGUGUAGUAUUACCCAUUUGAUGUACUUAUUUAUAGGGUUCUCUACUAGUCCUAUGCUAGGUAGUUAUAUAUCUCUCUCUCUAUAUAUAUUCAUUGAUGUUAUCGUUCAUGCUUACUAUGAUGGUCAAUUAGCAAAAACAAAGGACUAUCAUUUAAUGCUGUUACCUCUUCUAAUAGCUCAAUGAAAAAUGUUCCCGGAUAUUAAUGUUGAA